GCCGUUUUGAAUAGAGGCGAUACUUAGUUAAGUGCGUCGUUUCGCACUUCCUGAAAGGGGAUUGGUUGGGGGGGGUUUGGCAACUCAGUGCUAGGUUUCAGCUUCAUCACGCAGGUCUGGUCUCUCCGGCGUGUUGUAUCUACGUUUGAAUCAGGGAUUUUGACCAGUCAUGGCUGAUGAGGGAUAUGUAGUACGCAUCAGGGGUCUCCCUUGGUCCUGCUCAGUGGAUGAAGUACAGAGGUUUUUCUCAGAUUGCAAAAUCAUCAACAAUGGAGGCGGCAUCCACUUCACCUACACAAGAGAGGGGCGUCCCAGCGGAGAGGCAUUUGUCGAGAUGGAGACAGAGGAAGACCUGAAGAUUGCAGUGAAGAAGGAUAGGGAAACUAUGGGUCACAGAUAUGUAGAGGUUUUUAAAUCCAACAAUGUCGAGAUGGACUGGGUUAUGAAGCACACUGGUCCAAACUGUCCAGAAACAGCAGGAGAUGGGCUCGUCCGGCUUCGAGGCCUUCCUUUUGGCUGCAGCAAGGAGGAAAUUGUACAGUUUUUCUCAGGGUUGGAAAUCGUGCCAAAUGGGAUAACAUUGCCGGUGGACAUCCAGGGGAGGAGUACGGGGGAGGCCUUCGUGCAGUUUGCUUCACAGGAUAUAGCUGAAAAGGCUCUAAAGAAACACAAGGAAAGAAUAGGGCACAGGUACAUUGAGAUCUUCAAGAGUAGCCGUGCUGAGGUGCGGACCCAUUACGAACCCCAGCGGAAGCCCAUGGGCAUGCAGAGACCUGGCCCCUAUGACCGGCCCUCUGGUGGUCGCGGCUACAACAUGAUGGGCCGAGGGGGAUCCUAUGACAGAAUGCGCCGAGGAGGCUAUGGAGGAGGUGUUUCUGAUGGGCGGUAUGGCGAUGGCGGCUCUUCCUUCCAGAGCACAACAGGCCACUGUGUCCACAUGAGGGGCCUGCCAUACAGAGCUACAGAGACGGACAUCUACAAUUUCUUCUCGCCGUUGAAUCCAGUGCGGGUCCAUAUUGAGAUUGGUCCAGAUGGCAGGGUAACCGGGGAGGCAGAUGUAGAGUUUGCAACACACGAGGAUGCUGUGGCAGCCAUGUCUAAAGACAAAGCCAACAUGCAGCACCGCUAUGUGGAGCUGUUCUUGAACUCAACAGCAGGUGGCAGUAACGGAGCGUACGGCAGCCAGAUGAUGGGUGGCAUGGGGAACCAGUCGUCUUAUAGCGGUGGCCAGCUGAGCUCAGGGUACUCUGGUGGAUACAGCAGCCAGGGAAACAUGGGCGGCUACAGUGACUAUAUUAGGUAACCAGGGCGGAAUGGGAAGCAGUUACUACGGCGGCGGAGGAGGAGGAGGAAGCAGAGGCUCUAUGAAUGGACUGGGUGGGGGAUGGGGAAUGUAGGGUUUGUUUUUGUUUUUUUUCCUCCCUUAAUUUGACAUGUUUUUUUAAUUCAGCAUUUUGCUGGAAGGACUGGAAACUUAAGUCUCACCUAGUGAACAUAGGGUAGGGUCAGGCGAGGUUGUUUUGAAAAUAUUGAGGGGGGUAGGGUUUGUAAUUUUUUUUUUAUUAUUUUUUAAGUGGAUGAUCUUCAGAGAGAAGUGAGAUCAUCUGGCGUCAAAGAGAAGCGAUGUUUGUCUUCCCCAUUCCUCAGAUUUGACAAAUCACAGAAACCGGGCUUUAAAUUACCAGAAAGUGUGCCGUUUUUUGUGUUCUCGUUCUCCAAACACCUGCCUGUUCCUCAAGAUUAACUCAUCAUGUGCUGGUGGCUUUAACGUUAAUUUCAAUGUCGGAGUGCAUGAACAACAAAAGAAAUCAGAAAAUGUCUAUCUUCUGAUGUUCAGUCCUUGUUUCAUCUUCUACGUAGCGUUUAGCCUUUUAUUUCCUGUUAAAAUGUUAAUCUGAAUUGAGACUUCACAUGGUCAGAGCAUGUUUUGUUUUCUUAAGGUGUGACUGUUGAUAGGGUGUCUUGUUUUUUUUUCUGGAUCAGGGCUAUAUCAACGGCAAGUGAAUUUCAAAUCUGCUGACAUGAAGGUUUCUACUGCUUCAAAUGCUAUUUGUAUUUCCUGUGCACAAAGUGAAUAAACUAGUCUGGAAUAUCUAAUUGAAA